GGAAUACUGAUGGUGAGCUUCAGUCAGUCAUCCACCUCCUCCAAACUCGCUUAUGCACAAUGGCUUGCACUGAUGAAGAAGCGCACAGGCGACUCCAACAUCUGUACUGCCUAGUCUCUCCUCCACCGAUGGCGCGAAUGGAUCGACUCACCCCAUGCAACCCUCGGGUGGGUGUUUCUCUAGGUCCCAUUCUUCGAGCCCACGAAGAACUCUCUCACCGCCAACUACAGCUUGACAGUGACAACCAACGAGCCUCUCUUCUAACUGGUCAUCCAUCAUCCUCUCAGCAAGUCAUUCAGCUGAAGCCUCAUCCUAUUGAUGUAAAGCUCCCCAAGUCAUGACAUUUGAUUCGUAAACUGGGUGUGGCUUUGGUUAGGGAAAUUUUCGUGGGGUUUGUCGCACGCACGUACGCGCAGGGAAUACCGAGAAUACGAUACAGAUCCUACCUGUUUAAUUUGUUAUUGUCACACAAAUGGCUGGUCGACGUCCUUCAGAAAGUAGUGCUCUCCUCAACGAGCAUGGAAUCGAUGAUUUUCGAAAGUCGGUGGCUCAAGUCGAUCAAAGAGUCUACGGUACUUCCACAGAGGAAGAAGUGCCUCUGAUCAAGAAUACUGAGAUUGAGACAACAUGGAAAGCAGAAACCGCCAUCCUGGCUCGCUAUUCUGGACCUCUUAUUUUGACCUAUAUCCUGCAAUACUCAUUUUCUUUGGUCACGGUGUUUGUCGCCGGACGGUUAGGAACCAAAGAAUUGGGUGCCGCUUCUCUUGCUACCAUGACCGCCAACGUUACAGGAUUAUGUGUCUACGAGGGACUAGCCACCAGCCUUGAUACUCUCACCUCUCAGGCUUUUGGAAACAAUAAGAAACAGCUCGUGGGUCUCCAUGUUCAACGCAUGGCACUGCUGGUGUGCGUCGUCACGAUCCCCAUAGGUGCAGUCUGGAUCUGUUCUCCAUGGAUCCUAUCAGCCUUGGUGCCCGAGAAAGCUGAGGCAAUGUUGGCGGGCACAUUCAUGAGGAUCUACCUUCUUGGUGCUCCUGGGUGGGCCAUCUUCGAAGCUGGCAAGAGAUUGUGCCAGGCACAAGGGGACUUUACUGCCUCACUAGUGGUUGUCAUUGUUUGCGCACCCCUCAACAUUCUCUGGAACUGGCUCCUGGUGUUCCGACUGAACCUGGGUUUCGCAGGUGCGGCAUGGGCUGUUGUGAUCUCCAACAAUCUUCAGCCCAUUGUCCUCGCCAUCUACGUCUCCUGUUUUGCAAGGUCGAACCUCCAAUGUUGGCCGGGCUUACAGCUUCGCCGUGCUUGCCAAAAUUGGGGUCCGAUGGUCAAAUUGGCCUUGCCGGGAGUCCUCAUGACCUUUUCUGAAUGGCUUGCUUUUGAUGUUCUUUCAAUUGCAGCAGGCUACCUCGGUCGGGCCAAUCUUGCAGCUCAAUCAGUACUCAUGACAGUCGCGGUGACCAUCUAUCACCUUCCUUUCCCAAUAUCGAUUGCUGCCUCGACUCGAUUUGGCAACCUGAUUGGUUACGGUGCUCUCAACGCUGCUCGACAAACGUGGAGAACACAUUAUUUGGUUUUUGUGUGCAUUGGCUUAUUUGACGUCAUUUUGCUGACCUCAUGUCGACACGUUAUCGCUGCUAUAUUUACAGACGAGGAAUCGGUGCGGACCAUCAUUGCCAAAGUCAUCCCUAUCAUGGCCGCUGCACAACUCUUUGACGCUCUUGUAGCCAUCUCAAACGCCCUUCUCCGAGGAAUGGGAAGACAAAAGAUUGGAGGAUGGGUGAACCUGGGAGUAUACUAUCUGUUUGCACUUCCACUGGCUUUCUUCCUUGCUUUUGGACCACCACAUAUGGGACUUGGUGGGAUGUGGAUUGGUCCUUGCUGUGGUCUCGGUUGUGCAAGCUUGAUUAUGUUUACGUACAUGAAGUUUACCAAUUGGGAGAAGGCGGUAGAGGAUGCUAGAGCGAGAGAGGAGUAAAAAAAAGUGUGAUGGAACGAAACUGCAAUGGAUGCCGAAAGGAAGUGUACAGUCCCUUUGCUGGCUUCUAAACCUAAGAUGACUUUAGCGAUGAAUUUGGAUCAUGCAUGGUGGACGGAGUUUUGAGGUGGAUUAUAUGCGGCUACAUAGAGACACGGGAUAUUCACACCAGAUGAAUAAAAUAUGCAUCUGGAAUGUAUCAAAU